UUUUGAAAUGAAAAUGUCAUAAGUACAAUCGUAUAAUCGUUCAAAAGAAUCUCGUUCUUUUUUAUAUUAAAAAAAAUUUAAACGAAAAAAAAUUGAAAUUUAAUCAAAGUUAUUGUGUGUGUGUGUGUGUGUGAUAAACACCUACCAGUUUUCAACGUGAUUUAAUCCAAUUUAUGUAUUUAAUUCAAAAACAUUCAAGAAUAUAUCGAAAAUGGCAUUCCAUUCAUCAUUAGUAUUCUUCAGUAUUAUUGUUUUGAUAUCAUUAUCAUGGAAUCUGGUUACAGCACGACAACAUCUAGAAAAAGAAAAUGAAUAUGCUGAAAAUAGUAAAUAUUUUCCAAUGUUAAUGCCAGAUGUACGACCUAUGCAACCAGAAACCUACCUUUGUACGGCAUUUAGAAUGCCACGUUAUGAACAUGAAUUUAUUGUUGAAUAUUUGCCGAAUGCAACUAAACAAACAGCACAUCAUAUAUUGAUAUAUGGUUGUCAAAUACCCGGUUAUUAUGAACGUGAUACACCACGUGCUGUUUGGGAUUGUGGUGAAAUGACAUUUGCUAAUAAUCAUCUUGAUGAUGAUGAUGAUGAUCAAUCAAUUGAUCCAUCGGAAAGGGAAUUUUUUCCACGUGGACCAGUCUGUAAAGGACAAUCACAAAUUGUCUAUAGUUGGGCUAUGGAUGCACCGGCAUUAAAACUGCCAAAAGGUGUUGGAUUCAAAGUUGGUUAUGGAUCAGAUAUCAAUUAUCUCGUAUUACAGGUUCAUUAUGCACAUGUUCAUCGUUUUCGAAAUGGUGAUACCGAUCAUUCAGGAAUAACGUUACGAAUGUUACCACAGGAAACACAACAAAUCGAUAAAUUGGCCGGUGUUUUGUUAUUGGCUACCGGUGGUGUGAUUCAACCACAUUCACUUGACUAUUUUGACAGUGCAUGUCAAAUGCGUGAAAAUAUUAUUAUACAUCCGUUUGCAUUUCGAACACAUACACAUAAAUUAGGUAAAGUGGUCACUGGUUAUCGUAUCGAUCGUAAUAAUCGUUGGCAAUUGAUUGGUAAAGGCAAUCCCCAGUUGCCACAAAUGUUUUAUCCAAUUCAUGAAACAAUUUCUAUACACCCUGGUGAUAUGGUUGUUGCACGUUGUACGAUGUAUAAUAAUCAAUCACAUCCAGUACAAAUUGGUUCCACAGGUGAUGAUGAAAUGUGUAAUUUUUAUAUCAUGUAUUAUGUUGAACGUAUGGAUCAUAAUCUUAAGAAGAAAAUUUGUUUCACCGCUGGACCACCAAAUUUUUAUUGGGAUAAUGUUUUUCGUGUAUCAAAACAGAUUACAGAAGAAACGAAUAAAUUUCCAUGAAUAAACGAAAAUUGAUUCAAUCAA